GGCUCGACUGCAAGCCCCACUAGCCAGUGUCAGCCUCGCGGCGCAGGAGGCGGCGGCGGAGGAGGAGCAGGGGGAGGGCUGUCAAAUUCGGGAGCCAGAUUUUCUCCCUUCCCCUGGCAAUCCCUUCCGCUUCCCCGGCUCCUGGUGUGACAUCUGCGGACCGGGACCUGCAUGUGUGUGAGCGCCAAGCAGCGGAAGAAUGGCAGUGCUCAAACUCACCGACCAGCCACCACUGGUCCAAGCUAUCUUCAGCGGUGAUCCGGAGGAGAUACGGAUGCUCAUUCAUAAAACCGAAGAUGUGAACGCUCUGGAUUCUGAGAAGCGAACACCGCUUCACGUGGCCGCGUUCCUGGGAGACGCAGAGAUCAUCGAACUCCUGAUCCUUUCAGGAGCUCGUGUAAAUGCCAAGGACAACAUGUGGCUGACCCCACUGCACCGGGCUGUCGCCUCCAGGAGCGAAGAAGCAGUGCAAGUAUUGAUCAAGCACUCGGCUGAUGUCAAUGCGAGGGACAAGAACUGGCAGACCCCCCUCCAUGUAGCAGCAGCCAAUAAGGCUGUCAAGUGUGCAGAAGUGAUCAUUCCCCUGCUGAGCAGCGUCAAUGUCUCCGACCGAGGGGGCCGCACAGCCCUGCACCAUGCUGCUCUGAAUGGCCAUGUGGAGAUGGUCAAUUUACUCUUGGCCAAAGGGGCAAACAUCAAUGCAUUUGACAAGAAGGACCGGCGGGCUCUGCACUGGGCAGCAUAUAUGGGCCACUUGGAUGUCGUGGCAUUGCUCAUUAACCACGGCGCAGAAGUGACAUGUAAGGAUAAGAAGGGCUACACCCCCCUGCACGCUGCAGCCUCCAACGGACAGAUCAAUGUUGUCAAACAUCUCCUGAAUCUGGGGGUGGAGAUCGACGAAAUCAAUGUCUAUGGAAACACGGCACUUCACUUGGCCUGCUACAACGGGCAGGAUGCUGUCGUCAACGAGCUGACCGACUACGGUGCUAACGUGAACCAGCCCAACAACAGUGGGUUCACCCCUCUGCAUUUUGCUGCUGCCUCCACACACGGUGCUUUGUGUCUUGAGCUGUUAGUAAACAACGGGGCGGAUGUUAACAUUCAGAGUAAAGAUGGCAAAAGUCCACUGCACAUGACAGCUGUCCACGGAAGGUUCACACGGUCACAGACCCUCAUUCAGAAUGGCGGUGAAAUUGACUGUGUGGAUAAGGAUGGCAACACUCCUCUCCACGUGGCUGCGAGAUACGGUCAUGAGCUUUUGAUUAACACCCUAAUAACCAGCGGAGCUGACACAGCCAAGUGUGGAAUCCAUAGCAUGUUCCCCUUACAUUUAGCUGCCCUAAAUGCUCACUCUGACUGCUGCAGAAAGUUGUUAUCAUCAGGCUUUGAAAUAGACACCCCAGAUAAAUUUGGAAGAACGUGCCUUCAUGCUGCUGCUGCAGGAGGUAAUGUGGAAUGUAUAAAACUCUUGCAGAGCAGUGGAGCGGAUUUCCAUAAAAAGGACAAGUGUGGGAGGACCCCUUUGCACUAUGCAGCUGCAAAUUGUCACUUCCACUGUAUUGAGACAUUAGUGACCACAGGGGCUAAUGUUAAUGAAACAGACGACUGGGGACGGACAGCUUUGCACUAUGCUGCUGCUUCAGACAUGGAUAGAAAUAAAACUACCUUAGGAAACACCCAUGAAAAUUCAGAAGAACUUGAAAGAGCCAGAGAUAUGAAGGAAAAAGAAGCUGCAUUAUGUCUAGAGUUUCUACUUCAAAAUGAUGCAAAUCCAUCUAUCCGGGACAAGGAAGGUUACAAUAGCAUCCAUUAUGCUGCUGCCUAUGGCCACAGACAGUGUCUGGAAUUGCUUCUGGAAAGAACCAACAGUGGUUUUGAAGAAUCAGAUUCCAGUGCUACCAAGAGUCCGCUCCACUUAGCUGCCUACAAUGGGCACCAUCAAGCCUUAGAAGUCCUUCUGCAGUCGCUGGUGGACCUGGACAUCAGGGAUGAGAAAGGCCGCACCGCUCUGGACCUGGCUGCCUUCAAGGGACACACAGAAUGUGUGGAAGCGCUGAUCAAUCAGGGCGCGUCCAUCUUUGUGAAAGACAAUGUAACCAAAAGAACCCCACUUCAUGCCUCAGUCAUUAAUGGUCACACACUGUGUUUGCGGCUGUUACUAGAAAUUGCAGACAACCCGGAAGUAGUUGACGUGAAAGAUGCCAAAGGACAAACCCCGCUGAUGCUUGCGGUAGCAUAUGGACACAUUGAUGCUGUUUCAUUGUUACUUGAAAAGGAAGCCAAUGUAGAUGCUGUUGACAUUAUGGGAUGUACAGCUUUGCACAGAGGGAUUAUGACGGGACAUGAGGAAUGUGUGCAAAUGCUGCUGGAACAAGAAGUGUCAAUUCUCUGUAAAGAUUCCAGAGGGCGGACACCCUUGCAUUAUGCAGCUGCUCGUGGCCACGCCACGUGGCUGAGCGAGCUGCUCCAGAUGGCACUUUCUGAGGAAGACUGUUCUUUCAAAGACAACCAAGGCUACACGCCGCUGCACUGGGCUUGUUACAAUGGUAAUGAGAACUGUAUAGAGGUACUUUUGGAGCAAAAGUGUUUCCGCAAGUUUAUUGGCAAUCCCUUUACUCCACUGCACUGUGCAAUAAUAAAUGAUCAUGAGAACUGUGCAUCAUUGCUCCUUGGGGCCAUAGAUUCCAGUAUUGUCAAUUGUAGAGAUGACAAAGGCAGGACGCCGCUUCAUGCAGCAGCAUUUGCUGACCACGUGGAGUGCUUGCAGCUCCUGCUGAGACACAGCGCUCAAGUGAACGCAGUGGACGACGCAGGGAAAACGGCCCUGACGAUGGCUGCCGAGAACGGGCAGGCGGGCGCUGUGGAUAUUCUGGUGAACAGUGCCCAGGCUGAUCUGUCUGUAAAGGAUAAGGACUUGAACACACCCUUACAUUUGGCUUGUAGUAAAGGUCAUGAAAAAUGUGCCUUGUUAAUACUUGACAAGAUACAAGAUGAGAGCCUUAUUAAUGCAAAAAAUAAUGCACUGCAGACACCCCUCCACGUUGCCGCGCGCAAUGGCUUGAAGGUCGUAGUGGAAGAGCUGCUGGCCAAAGGGGCCUGUGUCCUCGCUGUCGAUGAAAAUGGUCACACCCCGGCCCUGGCUUGCGCUCCUAACAAAGACGUGGCUGACUGCCUGGCCCUCAUUUUGGCUACCAUGAUGCCUUUCUCUCCUUCCAGUACAAUGACGGCUGUCAACUUCGUUUGUUUUAAAAAAGACAAUUUGAACAGGACGACCCUCUCCAAUCUGGGUAGCAUGGUUAGCCUGUGCAGUAACAACGUAGGCUCGGAGGAUGGGUACAAUGAAAAUGAUUCUGACUCGGAAACGUUUUGACUUUGGACUGUAGAAGUUUUUCCUUGAUCAAGCAUGUUGGAGAAAGGGAAAGAAGCUUGAAUUCCUGGUAUAUGUUGUGUUCAAGUAUUAUUAUGGGCCCGAGCUACCAGAAUCCAGUAGAGAAGGAAUUAAUCAAACAGAGAGGGCGGCUAGGCUCCAGGACAAAGCAUUCACACAGAUGGGCCCCGAUUUUGAUUGGUUUCAUGUUUUUCUUAGAUCUAAGAUAUUUCUGUGAAAGUCUACCUCUUAUUUUAAGUAAGGAUUUUUAAAAUGCAUUUAAUUCUUUUUCUUUGAGGAUAAUGCAUCAAGAAGGAACUGUUGGAACUGUUGUUCCCUACAAAGAGUUUGUAUUUUUUUUGUUUUGUUUUGGGGUUUUUUUGCCAUGUACUCACUUGGCCGUGAGUGGUCAGAAGUAUAUGCACGUGAUAUUCAUGUCCCCAGGAAGGGGAAGGAAAGGCUAGAUAGGAAAUGCCUCAAACCUCUUCUCACUUUAAUGUUUACUUUCUCAUUAGAAGCCAAAGGUAAAAGUGUUUAUCUUCAGAAAUAAUGCCUGUAAUAAUCUUUUUAAGGGAGUCCAAUUAUUCAUGUCCUCUCUAUAGGAAGCACUUAAAUAUCCAGAACUUCUUUCUGAGGAUAUUUGUUGCCAGAUGAAGGGGGAAAAUUCAUGGAAAACUGAGCUUACUUUUUUCAUUUAACACAAAUAUGGCACCCACUGCUCCCCAUCACAAGCCUGUGACUUUUCCCCCGCGCGAUUGAGUCCAAAUCUGUCUAAUUAGGUUUCAAGUGAAAAUUCUAUUGCACCAAAACUGAGACAUAUGCAAAUUUAAUAUUAAACGACCCUUUAUUGAUUCGUCCUUAAAUCAAAAUAGUAACUUUUAAAAACAUCAGGACCAUCAGCGUUGUUCAAUAGUAAAAUGUUCAGUGAGCGUCUCAGUCAAGGUCAUGCCAAGUGGACGAAAGUGUGACUGCAGCAGGGAACAAAGAAAGUGAAAGCAGGUGGUAGAGAUGGGUGAUGUGGAAAUUACAGCCAAUUGAUAGUUGCUUGAUGAUGAAAUCAACCUAGUGAAUACUGUGUCUGCUCCCUCUGCCAAAGCUUCUAGGUCAAAUGGACCCCGUUCCGCACCUGGAAGAGCUGUGCAAAAGGAAGAAUGAGACUCUUUAAAAAUUAUUUACAUACACAUGUGCACAUAUAUGUAUACAUUUAUGUCUGCAUUUCAUCAACCAGCUGUACAUGAGGACCAAAAUACUUCAGUCUAAAAUGGAAGAUUUAAACAGUUUUUCUUCAAAGUGAGACCUGAAGUAGCUUUUCUAUGGAGUUAAAAUGUAGUCUUUUUGCGUAACAGUUUUUGUUGUAUUUUAUAUUUCUUAUGACAGAGAUUUCUAGUUGAUGGCUUAACAUUUAUAACUGAUGAUGUGUUGACCACGGCUUAUUUUUUUGCCAGACUAGAGAAAAUGUUCAUACACUUUUGAUGUAAAUGUGUUUAUAUUUAUUUGAAAUGAAACAAAUGCCCAGGAAGCAUAUUUUUUUUGUUCUCUCUUUUCAUUGCUGUGUGUCUUACUUGGAAUAACAAAAAAACAGAAAGACACACAGGGCCCGCCCUGGGCUAGCCAGCAUUUCCACUGCUAAGGUUUCCAGCGUCCGCGGGACCUCCCACAUUGACUGGAGAGGGGUACAGCAUCCUCGCUCAGCCCCAGUCUGUGGCCAGCUUAGAGCUUACAAGACAUUGGAGUCCUAGCUCUUCUGCCAGAUGAAAACCGAAGCAGGUAGCGCAUUGUAUGCACAAAAGUGAUCUAAAGAAAGGUACAGAGAUGAUCCUACAUGCACUGAAAUCUCACGUGGGUCCCAGUAACCUCAUGGGAAACCGUAUCAGUGUGUGGGCACAUGUACCAAGAGAAGAAAUACAAAUCACCAGCUCAUGCUGUUUUCCACUUGAGGAAGAGACAGGAAGGAAACCUUGCAUUCGGGGAGUACUGUCUGACCAUUUUAUAAUCGGUUCCAUUUCAGCCUGGAAAUUUCCAUUUCGUAGUGAAUGUGAGAUAUUUUUAUAACAGUGUUCUAUCAUAUUUGGAUCAGACACAGAUACUGUAUUAUAUUUUUCAUCUAAAUGUAAAAGACUUUAAUCUCACUCUUUUAAUAUCCCAGAUUUAAUUAAAAGCUCACGUUGGGUUCUUCACAAAUGAGAACUUGUUCAGAGGACUUAUAAAAUGGGUAUUAAUUUUACUGAAAAUUUCAGCACCACCAACAUUAUAUUUUAAUUCCCCUCCUUCCUCUGUAUUUUUUGUUUGCUUAGAGAAGAUGAGUUGGGUUUUUUUUUAAAGUAGAUACAUUGCUAAUGCGUAAUAAUGACCUUCUCGUUACCAAAACACUGAAAAUGAGAGAGCCGACGCUGAGAAGCCCGACCUACUGCGGUGUCUUUUUAUGGAAGUGAAUGGAAAUCUUGCUCAGUUGGCGUUGGAGGCAGGGGAAGAAACGCCUGCUUUCGUGGUGGAGCAGCGUUGAGUUUGCUGUAGAACCUCACAGAGAACAAGGACUGUCGCCCGAGGAAGCCGGCUCCGUCUCCGCGGAGCUGCGGGUGAAUUCGCCUCGCCUGCUCACGCGAACGAAGGACAAAGGAGCGACACGAAAGCAUGCUUGCUAGGAACGGUGCACGGAACCAACCUUUCCUUUCUCCCUCCCCUCAAGACCAUUUUUUUUUUUUCCUUUAAGAAAUGACUUUCAAAACUCUGAGUUCUGUCUUUUUCAAGUACAUCUCUGAGAAAUAAAAUUAGAUUUGCAAAGCAGCUUUCUAAGAAAAAGAAAAAAAACAACAACAGAAAACAUUGUGCUUUUCAUGGAGUCUUACUUGUUUAGUGCUUUUCCCUAAAUGUGUUAUUUUUAGACUGUAUUUUAACCACAGCCACAGGGAUCAUGUUUCAUUGCACUUAACCUGUUUGCCAGUGUCUGCCUAUCCUUGGUAAAUACAUUACUAUCUCCAAAUUGCCUAAACUCUGCUAUGAUUCUACAGUAAAUAGCUCAGGGGAUUUCUAUGUAUCACUACUAAAAGGGCACCAUAGUAUGUUUUGGUACUUUAGGCAGUAAACAGCUGCUUGAUUUAUUAUUUUAUUAUUAAAUUAGAACAAGAACAUCAAAUGGAUUUGCUGCACUAGCUAUUCUUUGUACUGUUGAGCAACUGGGUUUGCUUGUCUGUUGUGUUGGUUGAAGAACUCAUCCUUUUUUUUUUUUUUUUUGGUCUUGUAGUAUGAAGUUAGAGUGCCUUUUUAUAUUUGUAUAUUCUGAAAAUGUUCUGUGAAAUGUUUUUUUUUUUAUUUGAGUGUUAUCAGAGCAAUAUAAUGCCAGUGAAUUUUCAUUUCAGCCUUUCUUUGAAUGUAUAAAGUGUCUUUUCUCAUAUUUUCCCUUUUACCUGCUUUGAAAUGGAAAUGAAAAUGCCGAAGUUUUCUCUAGGAGUUAUGUUUGAUUUUGCAGUGCUAAAAUGCUUUCUUCUUACAAAACUGUAAACCAUAGGUCAGUGUUAUAAGGAAAAGCGUUUUAAGAUAGUGACAAUCUGAGUGUGUGUACAAAAUGUAAUUCUAUGCGUUUUUUAUGCAGUGAUCUAAAAACUCAAUGCAAAUAUCUUUUGUUGGGUAGUUUGUCUAUGUAUUUUAUGCUUUAGCAUGUGCAAUAUAUCUUUGCAAAGCACGAUGAUGCAAAUCUGGUGCCAGUGUUAUAUUUUGCAUAACAUAUUUGUAACAGCAUAAAAUAUUGUUUGAUGAUUUCAGUGGGAUUUUGUCUGUAAUGUUUUCUUAUGUAAAUUGAGUUGAAUGACUCUGGUAAAUGUCAUGACUGUAAAAAUGAGAAAAAUGACUUUUAGUUCAGUGAAUGACUUUGAACCAAUCUGAAUCUUCUCAAGCACAGUUUAAUACUUUUUCAACUACUGAAUGCUAAUAAUGUAAUGAAGUACUUAACUGUAAUAUACUAUGGAAAUGCAUUCAGAUGGUUAUUUUUACAAAUAAAAACGGUACAAAUAUUGUUG